CCAUUCCGCGGCGCCGGCGGAUACCUUCUCCCUGCAUCGCCAUCGGAGCCCAAGAUUUGCUACGCCAUGUGCUUCGACGACUGCUGUUGCUGCGGCUGCUACGACGCCUUCUGCGACCGGUGCUGCCCCUGCAUCUCCUACGACACGCGCGAGACCAUCUUCAGCAUCUGCAUCUGCUUCCUCGUGGUCGCCGCCGUCGUCCUCUUCGUCGUGCUCCUCGCCGCCUACGGGUUCAUCCGCCACGUGGAGGUCGCCGUCGAGGCCGCCUCGCUGACCAGGUUCGCCCUCGUGACCACCCCGGCCACCGCGUUCGCCUACAACCUCUCCCUCACGCUCACCGUCCGCAACCGGAACUGGGCCAUGAGCAUCAAGAACACCAAGCCGCUGGAGGCCGACUACAGCUUCGACGGCCAGCGGUUCGACCGCAUCGAACUCGCCGACAAGGGGGACGUCCACCCCGCGGGCAAGACCCGGGUGUACCACCUCGACUCCGGCGCGGAAGGCGCGUACGUGGCGCUGGGGAACGCCGGCGUCGCCGAAUUCGGGAAGGAGAACGCAACGGGGCUGUUCCAGGUGGAGGUGGCGCUCGCCGGCGAGGUGAGGUACAAGGCGCACGUCACCAAGUGCAAGCUGGCCGCGACGUGCCCGCUGAAGCUGCAGCUCGCGCCGCCGGGGACGCCAGCCGUCGUCUUCCAGAAGGUCAAAUGCAAGCUCGACAAGCCCGACAAGAACUGCUAGACAACGAGCCGGCCGAGUGGCGAGUGUUGUUCAAUUUGUUAAAGUUGUGUAGUAGCAAUGAGCUAGUGAUUGACGAUUGUGCUUUUAUUUAAAAUUUUAGCAAUGAGCAGUAAUUUAUUUGAACUGGAAUUGUUGGUAAAUGUCUGUAAUGUACGGAGGCACAGGGAGAGACGAGAGACGGCUCCAUAAUUUUUUUUUUGAAACACUCACUUUUGUUUGGUUAGCUCUUAAUUCAUAUGGAUUGAGUGAUUU